AUGGCUCGGACGAGAAGUUGUAAAGUAAGAAAUGGAACUAAGGAUUUACUCAACAGCGUAGCUAAUGCUCCACUACUAGGACGCCCGAAGCAAGGCAAAGAAACUCCUUCAACGAUGAGGACAAAGCUUCAACCUGCCCCUACAACGCAGCAAUCUGCAGAUCAGAAUAGAAAGCCACUAAAUCAAAUUGCAUUACGUGAGAGACGGCCAUCGUUUAAUGAGCAUAAGAAAGUUGAGGGAGGGAAACGACCAAUUUUCAUACAGAAAUCACUAUCAGAAGAAAGUGAUAAAAAAGCGAGCAGCGAAGAGGCCGAAAAUACCGCUGAGUGGCCAUCUCCGAAAGUCCCGCUGGCGUUCGCAAUAAUGGCCGGAGAAGUUUCGGUGGAGUUUCCAGAUCCCGAUGAAAGUGCUAAUGUGAAAGCAGUGCUCACCGAUUCAGAAUCAGAUUCGGAUUCGGAUUCAGACUCCGACUGA